CUGUCUUGCGUCACUUCAUUGACACAGUGCUGCCCUCUCUCGGCCAUUUCUCUUAUGACGUCUCGUUACACAUUAGGCCGUAGACCCGUAGUUUUGAUAUCAUUGUACGAUCAAGAUACAGCAACACUCACCCGUUACAGGUUUUCUGAACUAAAUUUUGUGAUAUUGUCAAAGUUAGGUGUUCACAAUGUUUUGGAAAUAUACAACUACAAAUUCAAACAGCAUAGAAACAUUAUUGAACAAGCCAGAUGUUACCCUUUUAGAGCUUAUGGAUGAGGAGAAUAUUUUACAAGAAUGUAAAGUUCAGAACAAGAGGCUGGUUGAUUUCUUGAUUCGACCAGAAGUGAUGGAACAAUUGGUGACGUUUGCAACGGUGGAACCACCGGCCACCUUAGAUGAAAAAACAAGAUUUAAAUACCCCAACCUAGCAUGUGAACUUUUAACUAGCGAUGUACUUUCCAUAAAUGAGGCUUUGGCAGCUGAUGUACCCUUAAGCAAGUUAUAUGCUUUUCUUGAAGGGGAACCGCCACUGAACCCCCUUCUUGCAUCCUUUUUCAGCAAAACACUUGGCAUUUUAGUAGCCCGGAGAAGCGAGCAGCAUUGGUAUUCAUACCAGAUAACAUGUUUAAAAGUGAUUGGAUUCCUACAAUCCAAGGAAAAUUGCAUCUCUCUUCUCUUAAAUCACUUAGGAACAUCUGCUAUUAUGGAUUUGAUGCUCAAAAUUAUUACUCAAGUUGAAGGCACAGAAAUGAGACAAAAUUUAAUUAAGUGGCUUCAAUCACAGAAAGUUAUCCCUUCAUUGAUUGGGCUAUUAAAGCCAGAGGUCGACUCAGAUCGACACUCUAAUGUUGCCCAGCUGCUUUCUGAUGUCAUACGCAAAUCAAGAGACAAUUUGAGAGAAAAUCCCGCAAGAGACAAUUUGAGAGAAAAUCCCACUGAAUUGGAGGAUCCUAUCCUUACUUCCCUUGAGAAGCAAGAAACUGUUGCUGAGCUUUUGGACAACAUUUUGAGUGGAGAAGUCAAAAGUGAAUCUGCUAUUGUGGGUGGCAUUGCUGUUUUGCUGACGUUAAUGGAAACUCCACAACCACGGCCUGUGGACACAACUCCCUAUGCUGAUGAUGGUGCAUCAUUAUCAAUUCAAGAAGAAGAAGAUGUGCCACCUGUACCCCCUGUUGUACACACAACAAUUUCUGCUAUUUUACCAAGACUUAAAGAUUUUCACGACUUAUUGCUCAAUCCACCUCAGAAACCACCCGUGAAAACAACUGUUGGGACCUUAGACCCUCCACUGGGCAACACUCGUCUGCAAGUUGCAAGACUAAUUGCUGCUCUUAUAGCAACCAACAGUCCUGUGAUGAAUCAAGAACUAGCCAAUCUGGGCACUAUUGAUGUUUUGCUGAACCUGUUUUUUAAAUAUCAAUGGAAUAACUUCCUUCACACUCAAGUAGAGCAAUGUGUAUCUGCUGCCCUGAAAAACCAGACCAAAGCCUCUGGGGAUGGAGAUCCUCAAAUGCAUUGUCUUGUUGAAAAUUUAUUAGUGAAGUGUGAACUGUUUAAAAGGAUAUUAGAUGCUUGGGAAGAGAAUGAAACCAACCAGGUUAAAGAGAAGUGUCAACGACGAGGAUAUAUGGGUCACCUGAUUAAGAUAGCCAACCUUGUUGUAGAACAAGUGGAGAAAUGUUCCUUAAGGCCUGUGCUAGCCAAUCAGCUGCCUCCUGAGGUACUUGCUGUGUGGGAAGAAUUUGUCAAAUGCACUCUAAGUGAAAUUAACAAGACUCACAAUAUAGCUUUGGGCGGAGCUCCACCUACGCUAGCAAUAGGAUUGGACAAAGAAGAAGCCAACUACAAACAUGUUGCUUUCCCCCCUGAGACAUCACAUCAUGAAGCGUACACAGAUUAUCAAUUACAAGAUAUGGCUCCCAAUUUCAAUGAGCACUAUGGAUUUCAUGAUAAUGAGUUCAACGACCCAGAGGACACUUUGCACUCAUCGGUGGAUCGCCUUCCUGACAUGGCAGUUGCUCUAAAUGAGGAUGAGGACAGACAAUAUGAAUGGUUUAAGCAUGUCUGCGCAAAGAAUGUACGUUCCCUUGAAGAUGCUGAGGAAAACGCUUGGGAGGAUACCGACCUAGGCAGUUUUCAAACCUCUGAAAAUGAAUCUAGCAGGUGGAAUCUUGAGAAAGAGGUUCCUGAACACAGCAGUUCAGAUGAAGAAGAAGAGGGCGAUGACAAGGAUGACGAUAUAAGAGGGCCUUCCAAAGCAAGUGUUCGAAUGGAAGUUGACGUCAAUGACAUUUGGUCAUCUGGUGCUGCAACCCUUGAUUCAAUAGCCGAUUUUCAAAACCCCUGGGGCUCAGGCUCUCCAGCCGCACCACCUCCUGCAGACACCUUUGGUGUCCCAGACGCAGGCUGGGCAGAUUUUUCUAAUUUUGAGACUAAUUUUAGUUCUAGCACCCAGCUUAAUGAUGCUCAAAAAUCUCAAGAACCGUCAGACUUAUUUCAUGACGAUAUGUCAGCAAAAGAUGAUCCUGAAGAUCUGGAAAAUGUUGAGAAGAUGGUAGUACCUGACAACACUGCUAUUUCUGUUGAAACUCUACCCUCCACCUCUGAAAUGGAUGUUAAAGGAGUGCAGGAUCCAAUUUCCACCUCAACGGGAAGUUCGGCUGUGCCGAUUGCAGUAGGAGUGAGUUUUGUGAAGGCUGAUGCCAAUGCCAACCCCACAACUUGUACAGAUGAAGUAACUUCCACAGCAUCUGCUAUGGUUGAUGAGGUUGCAACAGCUGCUGUAGCUGCAGUACGAGUGGUAGUGGAAGAUAAGCUUGGAUUGGAUAAUCAAAGGUUUUUGGGAGGGGCCCAAGAUGAAAGUCAUGCUUCAGUCCAUGUUCAUUCAGAGGAAGAUGUUAAAGAACCUAUUGCCUCAGAGGAUUUGCCGGAAAAGAGGGAAAUAGACACUACCACCAGUGAAGAUUUAUCAAGUGAAAAUGUUUAGCUCAUCUGGUUUAAAAGAAUGGAAGUAUGCUGAAAUAUGUGCAUAUGUGAAGCUGGACUUGGAUAUAGAUCUCAUUUGAGGCAUGCAAUACACAACCAAUGAAAAACAUUCAAUGUGCAUAUCGGAUAAUUAUCUGUGUUUAGUAAUUGAUUACAAUGUAAAUAUGGUAUGUUAAACACGUUUGGUGAAUGACUGGCACCCUGUUUAAAAGGAAGUUAUAUUGUAAGUACUGAUUGCAUUCAUAAGUACUGUAGGUGGCUAUACCAAAGUAUGUUAUUUGUGUAACUGCUUUCAAACCAGUAUGGGAUUUUCAGGAAAGUUAAGCAGACUGAAUUGAUUUUUUCUGUCAUAGAACGAAUCGCUGCCUGUCUAGUUACUGUGUUAACUUGUUUCACUAUAGCUUCAAUUGGAAGUCAACAUCAAGCCAAGAAUAUUCUUUACCCUUAAUUAAUGAGCUUCUUUUUGUAUGUUUUGUACUUAACAUCAAGAUCUCUUUGCUCAAUUUGUGUCUGACGAUUUAGAACUUUCAGAAUCUGAUGGGAUACUUGGCAUGAUACCAGCUUCUCAAUUUUCAACAUAUGGUUCGAAAAAGUUGUGAUUGUUUUUAAAUGUAUUAAAUUAUCAAGAGUUACCUGUAAUAUGUUGUGUAAAUCAAUUUUGUAUGGCUAAAAGUGAUUAACACUUCUUUAGUACAAUAUUGCUGUGUUAUGGGUCUAGCGAGUCCCUUCACAUGGAUUAAAUUAAAGACAAGUGGAAAUUUUGAGCUUUCAUAAAGAAUAUGCUGUUAGUAAAUGCUGCUCAUAAAGCAGUAUAUUGUGAUAUGCUUCGAACAGCUUAUUUGUUGUAUUAACUGUGAAUCCCUCUGGAACCAAAAUCACUGUUGCCCUCAUAGUGUUUACAUAUUUUCUGUAUGUGUACUCUGAUAUUUGAGAAAGUGGUCAAAUAUUUCUGUAACCCAACCUGUAUAUGUAAUAAUUAUAGUUCCAAGAAGUGCGCUAAUUAUUUAAGCCUGUGUUGAUUGUGAUUGUUUGUAUAUGAUACAAUCUUAAUUUGUUAUUUUUGUCUAUUUCGAUGCAAAAUAGGGAAGGGGUAGGGGAGAAAAUUAUGUACCUUAUUCUGAGGGCAAAUGUCUGUGAAUGUUUAUAGUUAAGAUUUUAUGCAGGAGAUCAUUCAAUUUUCUUCCAAUUGUUUGAAAUACACCUUUGAUUGAGUUUUACCUUCAGUUUUUCAUUUGUAUCUUUUUAAUACCUUCUGCAAGACAUGCUUACUAUGUUCAUUGUAUUUGUGAUGGAUAUUUAUAAGUGUAUACUUGUUUUUAAUCCCUAGUAGUUAGUUGGAAUUGAAACUUCUGUGUUAUACUAAUUUAAGAUUAAAAUUGCAUUCAUUGUUGGUGACUGGAUCAUCUGUGAAUCACUGUUGCAUUCAAUUUGCAUUAAUUUUCUGAGCUCUGUUUUCCAAGAGUAAACUACUUAUGAUUGACAAAGAUUGAAGUCUGACAUUUGUUUCCAUUAAUGCGCUACUUGUUUGUGAUCACUCAGACUUUUAUUUAACAUCUGUCAGACCAAAUAGGUUUUUAGUGUUAAAUUUUAGCCUUAUAUGCUUGUAAACUUUUGACUGAAAAUUUAUGUCAAUAGGCUGCCAAUUGCAUUGAGCUAUGAGCAGUAUUUUGAAGUUGUAUGUUUCAGUUAAACUAAAACAAAUGAACAAAACAUCAAAAACAUUUCAGUGAACAGGGUUACCUCUAACACAUUUGAUCACUUGUAAUUUUUUUUAGCAGCUUCAGGGAGGGAAUGAAUUAAAAUUGAAAUACUGUAUUUGGUUGAUUGUGUCAGAGAACAUUUGAGAAAGGUCAGUAAGUCAGUCAGUCAGUCAGUUUCAUGGUUUGGGUGUUGAUUAAUGUUUGAAGUACUUGCAUAGCGCACAUUCACUUUCACAAACACUUGUACUCUCAAAACAAACGAAGAAAAAUGAGAUCAUGUAGAGUGGGACAAAAUGGUGUAACUUUGUUGAAAGUGCAUCUAGGUUUUGGAACCCAUCCUCUGUGAACUGUGGCCUUUCAAUGUGAAAUUUAAUGUUAAUGUGGUCAUCCUGUGUAUGCAAGUUUGUUGACUGCAGCAAAGCUUUUUGUAGCAAGAUGAUUUUAUGACAUGUAAUCACUCAUUGCUUUUUUGCUUUUGUUUUAAUUUUAAACAAAAUUUUGAUGUAUUUUUAGUGGUGUGCAUGUUACAGUAUUUUUAUCUGAUAAAAUUGUGAGCCUUGUGUGUUGCAAUUAGUUACAGUAAACCCAGUUGAGGAAGUUAAACAGA